AUGUCAGUCACGCUGCACACCACCCACGGCGACUUGAAGAUCGAGGUCUUUUGCGAGUCUGUGCCGCAGACCGCCGAAAACUUCCUGGCCCUCUGUGCGUCCGGAGCAUACAACGGUACGCCAUUUCACCGCAUAAUUCCGGAAUUCAUGGCCCAGGGCGGAGAUACGUCGCUCUCGCCUCGCAACACACCAGAGACACCGAUUCAGAAAGGCGGCACCUCGAUAUGGGGCGAGUACUUUGAUGACGAGAUCAAGGUACCAGCCUUGCGCCAUAGCAGCAGAGGCAUGGUCUCUAUGGCAAACAAGGGUCCUGCUACGAAUGGCAGCCAGUUCUUCAUCACUUUCAAGGAAGCUGCCCACCUCGACGGCAAAAAUACCGUGUUCGGCCGAGUCAUCGCAGGCGCCGAAGAAGGCGGCACCCUGGACAACAUCGAAGGCAUUGAGGUCGACAAAAAGUACCGGCCCAAAAGUGAGAAAGUCAUAGUAGAGCGAGUGACAGUCCAUGCAAACCCGGUGGCAAGCUGA